GCAUAACACUCGUUGUGUGCCUUUGGUGUCAGCUUGCAUCUACAGGCAGGAGAGAAGAGAGAGCCUGAGAAGAAAACCUGAAAAAGCACUCUAAGAUGUGUGACAGUGAAAAUCUCCAGUCAAAUGAAGUUAUGGACCCUGAAAUGGAGCAGGGGUCUGACAGCCCCAUAGAGAAGAAGGUGGAACCAGGGGAGGAAGUUUCCAACUCUCCCCCAGAGGAAAGCCUCAUUGCUGGGGAGAUGAUCCCUGAAGAAGCAGUGAGGGAACCAGAGAACAGGAAUGAGGGAGAGCUAAGCCAACAAACUGCACACAACCAUUCAAAUGAUCUUAAACCUCCCCUUGUUAGUUUACAAAAAGAUGUGGGUAUGAGUGGACACAGGCGAAUAGGAGGUCAUAAUCCAGUAAGCAGCAUUCACACGGCUUCAGCGGUUUUUCCAUCCUCAACCGCAAGUACAUCUUCUGGAUUUGUUCAGGUUUCUGGAAAACGAACAACGGUCCUCUCCAACGAGGCCAGGAAAGAGAUGCUAAAGCAGGCCAGAGCUGCGAAGGAUGAGCGCCGUGCCAUGCUAGAUGCCCGCCACAGAUACCUAAUUGUCAAGCUUGUGGACAGCGUGAGCCUGGGGGAGUCUGAUGUGGAGGAGGCCUUUAUAUCAGAUGACAAGUUCAAUCUAAUAGAGGAAUUCUUUCUGCCUAAUGGAUCAAAGAGGUUGCUAUUCUUUUAUCAAGAAGCUAAAGCGCCUUUAUCACACCACCCUAGCAGUGUAGACCCUCUCAGUUCAACCACUGGGCAGAAAAAGCUUUUUGUCACCACUGGAACUUCUGAGGCCUUGCUUGGAAAGUGUUUGUUUUUCUUAAGAACGACAGACAAGGCCAUAACAACUGCCAACGUGUCUCAGGAAGUGAAUUUUGGAAUGCUUGACUGCACUAAUGGUAACAUUUUGUACAGUUUGGAAAAUCUAUUCUCACAAAUUAUGCUGCCUGCUCUCCAGUCUCAAGAGAAUUGGGGCAGCAUGAAGGAUGGACUCCAGAAUUCUCAGAUACAGGACUUCUUGAGUUCAGUGGACAAGUUCAUUUGCAACCUCUCUUCUGCCCGAGUAAAUAUGGAAGGAAAGUUUCAACUGGACAAAGUGGACGCUGGGCAUAGCCUUAGCAGCCUGUUAGGACCAGCAGACUACACCACUGCAGCCAAUAACUCAGACCUGGUGCCGGAGCUGGAAGGGGUUCUCCUUCACUGGGCCCACCAGAUUGAACAGGUGCUGACAGAGGGCGAGCAAAUGAGGAAAGAGUCCGAUGAUAUAGGGCCCUCUGCUGAGUUGGAGCACUGGAAAAGCCGCAUGACCACUUUUAACAGUCUUAUGGAUGAGAUCAAACAGCCUUGUGUGAAGAAGGUAUUAGGAGUGCUGCAGGUGGCCAAGUCAAAGACCCUGAGGACUUGGAGAGAGCUGGAUGGAAACAUCACGGUUGUGGCAAAUGAAGCAAAAGACAAUGUGAAAUACCUCUACACACUGGAGAAGUUCUUUGGCCCACUUGGAAAGUGCACUCCGACGAGCAUGUUGGAACACAUCCCCAGCCUGAUGCACAGCAUUCGAAUGAUCCACAGCAUCUCACAGUACUACAACACCUCAGAGAGAAUGACCUCCCUCUUUGUCAAGGUCACCAACCAGAUGAUCACCACCUGCAAGGCCUACCUAUGCCAGGUCGUCGCCAAGGGCUGGGAUCAUGACAGAAACGAGCUGUUGAGAAGGAUCAAGGAGUGCACACAGCUCAACCAGGAGUAUCAGCUGUGCUUCCAAAGGGUGCGAGAGACGCUUCGUAACAACCCCAAUGACAGGCAGUUUGAGUUCAGUGAAAAUUACAUUUUUGGCAAAUUUGACACAUUCUGCAAGCGACUGGAGAAGAUUGCAGACAUGGCCUCAGUUUUGGAGGACCUUGCCUCUCUGCAGCACAUUAAAGUGGAGGGGAUUGAGAAGAUCUUUGUUCGCUAUCAGAACAUUGUGACCACCAUCAAGUCCAAAACCUACAAUGUGCUUGACCACCGUAAAUUAGAGUUUGACAGUGACUACACAGAGUUUAAGUUCCAGAUACAAGGCCUCUUCCUGUCUCUCCAGGCAUUGCUGACGGCCUGGUUUGAGCAGUCACUUACUACUGAGCGAAUGCUUGAUCUCCUCUCUAAGUUUGAGAAUGGAGUCAGUAAGCAGCUGGACCUCACAGAUAAAUACAUGGCUGUACUUCAGCGCUACAGUAGAGACCUGGAGGUCAUUAGGAAACUCUAUCAAAAACAGAAGGACAACCCUCCCAUUCCUCGCAACAUGCCUCCUGUUGCAGGGAAGAUAAUGUGGUCACGGCAACUAUUCAGGAAGAUUGAAUUACCAAUGUCUGUCCUGAAAAACAAAAUUGACCUUCUUAAGACCUCUGAGAUGAGGAAAGUAAUCAGAAGCUAUAACAAGAUGGCAGCUGUUCUCCUUGAGUACGAGCUGCUAUACCACCGGGGCUGGAGCCAAGCCGCAGAGAAAGGCCGUCACAGCCUCAACGCAUCCCUGCUUGUUAGAGACCCAGAAACAAAGGAAAUAUAUGUCAACAUCGACCCCCUGGUCCUGGAGGUACUGCAUGAGUCUAAGUGCAUUCAUAAGCUCGGCAUCGCAGUUCCCACCGUGAUCCUGAGUAUGUGUGCCAAAGAGGUUGAGCUAAAAGCCCAGCAAAACAGCCUACAGGAAAUGCUGGAGGACUUUAAUGCAACCCUAUCUGGGAUCCCUCCACUCAUCCUGCCCCUGAUGCAGCCGUUCAUCAGCCGCGUGGAGAGUUCUCUCUCCCCAGGGCUUACGACACUCUCCUGGGCAUCACUCAACACCGACAGAUUUAUAGAAAAUGUGUAUGGAGUACUCAGAGAACUGGAGGUGGUGGCAAAGGUUGCCAUGGAUACUCUGGAGUGUCGCAUUGAGAGGGUUCUACAGGCCAUGUCGUCCACUGCCCUGCUGGUGCUGCCUGAGGACACGCCUGUUUCACCCCAGGCUUUUCAGAGCCAGGCUGAGGACACCGUGAGGUCGGCUGGUCAGAAACUCAAAAUCCAAAGUAAGCAAGUAGAGAUUUCUAUGAAUGAGAUGAUCGAGGAUCUCAAGAAGAGGAUGACGCCUGCUGAAGCCGUCAACCUUGAGGGAUCCUUCCAGUGUCUACACCCGGAUGCUAAACAGAAGACACGUUGCCAAGCUUGUCUACCCUGUUGUUUUUACAACCUGAUGGCCCAGUUGUGUCAGAGGAACACAGAGGCCCUGGUCAAAGCUACAAGGUCGUCCCUUGAUUCUUUGAGGCGAAGACUGCAUGUGGCUAGUACCAAGUACCAGUCUUCAUCGUACCUGAGCCGACCUCAGGUCCAGGUUCCUCUCUUCAAGGCUUCUAUUGAGCUGGCCAUUCCCAACAUUGUCCUCAGGCCCAGUCUGGAGGACAUCCAGAGUACUGUCAACAAAGUUGUUGGCAUCGUGCUCUCAGUGGCUAAAGGCAUCCCACUAUGGAGAUAUUCCAGUCUCCAUCACAAGCAACUUCAGGCUGAGCAAGCUGCUGUGAGGGAGGCUGGAGACGAGGGCCUGCUGACCAAGCAGCUGGUCCUGAAAUCCCUCGACCGCCAGCUGGUCGAGCACAAGGACAUCACCAAGGCUGUCAUCCAGCUGAGCUCCAUGGUGUCCUCUCUCAGGACUGAGGCUGGAGACGUGCUGCAGGACUUCCAUCACUUCUCCACCCUGUGGAAUCAGGACCCUGAGGAACAGGUUAAAUUGUUCCUGGAGACCAGUCCAUCUCUCCCAGAGUUCAGCACUCAAAUUGCCUUGUACUCUAAACAGGAGGCUCAGAUUGAAGACUUGCCAGCUUCCUGCACCGUGGGUUCCGUUCUGUUCCACACCGACCACCUCAAGCUCUCCCUGAUCCAGGAGUGCCGUACCUGGAAACUAGCAUUCGGAGCCACGCUGAACAGCCAGGCCUCAGCCAACAUGGCCAACAUCUACUCAUUCAUAGACGGCCUGACCAAGCGGCUGCAGAGGCCUAUUGAAGACCUGGAGGACGUUAGGGCAGCCAUGGCCGCUCUUCGAGAGGUCAGGGAGGCAGAGAUCCAGAUGGACGCCACGAUUGGCCCAGUGGAGGAGUCGUUUGCCUUGCUCAACCGGCACGAAUUAGUCUUCCGUGACGGGAACGCGGAAAAGGUUGACGGACUGAUGUACGCCUGGAGGAACCUCACUGCGCUGGUAAUGCAAACUCAGAACACCCUGGUGAGGAUUCAGCCUGCCAUGAAAGCAGACCUACUUUCCGGGGUGAAGGACUUCCAAAGAUCUGUCCAGACCUACUACUCUGAUUAUGAAAAUAGUGGCCCUGGAGUUGAGGGGUUGAGCCCAAAUGAAGCCAGCGACAGACUGCAGAUCUUCCAGGCCCAGUUCGAUGAGCUGUGGAGGAAGUAUAUCACCUUCUCAGGAGGGGAGGAACUAUUUGGCCUCAAAGUUAACGAAUAUCAAGAUCUUCAGAGAAUUAAAAGAGAUCUGGGUCUUUUGUCGAAACUUUACACUCUCUACAACUCAGUCACUGAAAGUGUCUCUGGUUACUAUGACAUCCAGUGGGUUGACCUGAACAUAGAUAAGGUCAACAAUGAACUGCAGGAUUUCCAGAACAGAAUCCGGAAACUUCCCAAGGCAUUGAAAGAGUGGCAGGCCUUUUGUGACCUGAAGAAGACAAUCGAUGACUUCAAUGAGACGUGUCCGCUACUUCACAUGAUGGCUAACAAGGCCAUGAUGCCCAGGCAUUGGAGUCGCCUGAGCGAUCUCACAGGUCACAGUUUCGAGGUGACAUCUGAGAACUUUACCCUCAGAAACAUCAUGGAGGCACCGCUGCUCAAAUACAAAGAAGAUAUUGAGGAUGUGUGCAUCAGCGCUGUGAAGGAGAUGGACAUUGAGGCCAAACUGAAAGACGUGGUGGCAGAGUGGAGCAGCCACACGCUCACCUUCGCCUCCUUCAGGAACCGAGGCGAACUGCUGCUGAAGGGUUCUGACACCGCAGAGAAGGUGGCUCUCAUGGAGGACAGUCUGAUGGUGCUGGCCUCACUCAUGAGCAACAGGUACAAUGCACCGUUCAAGCCUUCAAUCCAGCAGUGGGUCCAGAAGCUGUCCAACACGACAGAGGUUAUUGAGAAGUGGCUCACAGUUCAGAAUCUUUGGAUCUACCUGGAGGCCGUGUUUGUUGGAGGGGACAUUGCAAAGCAGCUGCCUCAGGAGGCCAAGAGGUUCCAGAACAUCGACAAGUCCUGGCAGAAGAUAAUGCAGCGUGCUCAUGAGGUGCCCGGUGUGGUUCAGUGCUGUGUGGGAGAGGAGACACUCAGUCAACUUCUGCCUCAUCUCCUGGAGCAGCUGGAGGUGUGUCAGAAGUCCCUGAGCGGCUAUCUGGAGAAGAAGAGGCUGGUGUUUCCACGCUUCUUUUUUGUCUCUGACCCCGCUUUACUGGAGAUCCUUGGCCAGGCCUCAGACUCACACACUAUACAGGCUCACCUGCUGAGUCUCUUUGACAAUGUGAACCGUGUCGUUUUCCAUGAGAAGAACUAUGAUCAGAUCCUCAGCAUCCAGUCCCAGGAGGGAGAGACUGUAGAUUUGGCUGAACCAAUUUUAGCUCAGGGAAAUGUGGAAGCCUGGCUGGGUCUUUUGCUGGACGGAGUGAGGAAGACCAUCCAUGGCAUUAUCCGGCAGGCUCACAUGUCCAUCAGUGACACCGGGCUGAAACUGGUAGAGUUCCAGUCAGUCUUCCCAGCUCAGGUGGGACUGCUGGGCAUCCAGAUGAUCUGGACCCGGGAUGCGGAGGAAGCCCUUGGUCUCAGCAAGGGGGACAAAAAGGUCAUGCAAACUACAAAUCAAAAGUUCAUGGAUAUCCUGAAUGAGUUGAUUGAUAUGACUACCAGAGAUCUGACCAGGAACGAACGCACCAAGUAUGAAACUCUCAUCACCAUCCAUGUCCACCAGAAAGACAUAUUUGACGACCUGGUGCGGAUGAACAUCCGAUCUACGUCCGACUUUGAGUGGCAGAAACAAUCCCGCUUCUACUUCAUCGAGGACACGGAUCGAUGUGUCAUUCAGAUCACUGAUGUUGAGUUUGGCUACUGCAAUGAGUACCUGGGCUGUACCGACCGAUUGGUCAUCACUCCUCUCACUGACAGGUGUUACAUCACCUUGUCCCAGGCCCUGGGGAUGAGUAUGGGCGGCGCCCCAGCAGGGCCGGCAGGGACAGGCAAGACUGAGACCACCAAGGACAUGGGCCGCUGCCUGGGGAAAUAUGUGGUGGUCUUCAACUGCUCUGACCAGAUGGACUACAGAGGCCUAGGGCGCAUCUAUAAAGGUUUGGCUCAGUCAGGUGCGUGGGGCUGCUUCGAUGAGUUCAACCGCAUCGAGCUUCCUGUCCUGUCAGUGGCCGCCCAGCAGAUCUACAUAGUGUUGCAGUGUAAAAAGAACAAGAAGACACAGUUCAUCUUCACAGAUGGGGACUUGGUUGAAAUGGACAGAGAGUUUGGCAUCUUCCUGACCAUGAACCCUGGGUAUGCUGGGCGUCAGGAGCUGCCGGAGAACCUGAAGAUACAGUUCCGUACGGUGGCCAUGAUGGUUCCGGACAGGGCCAUCAUCAUGAGAGUAAAGCUAGCCAGUGCUGGUUUCCGUGACAACCAGGUCCUCAGCCGCAAGUUUUACACUCUGUACAAGCUGUGUGAAGAACAGCUCUCCAAGCAGGUCCACUAUGACUUUGGGCUAAGGAAUAUCUUGUCAGUUUUGAGAACACUGGGUUCAGUGAAGAGGUCCAACCCCACUGAGCCAGAGAAAACUGUGGUGAUGCGGGUCCUGCGCGACAUGAACCUCUCCAAACUGGUUGAUGAGGACGAGCCUCUGUUCAUGAGCCUGAUCAACGAUCUGUUCCCUGGGAUUAUCUUGGACAAGGCAGGCUACCCCGACCUGGAGGCUGCCAUUCACACCCAGACCCAGCGGGCUGGCCUCAUCCCCCACCAGCCCUGGGUCCUCAAACUGGUGCAGCUGUAUGAGACCCAGCUGGUUCGCCACGGGAUGAUGACACUAGGACCCAGCGGAGCAGGGAAGACCACCUGCAUCCACACCCUGAUGAGAGCCAUGUCGGACUGUGGCACACCGCACAGGGAGAUGAGGAUGAACCCCAAAGCCAUCACUGCCUCCCAGAUGUUUGGCACCCUGGAUGUGGCCACAAAUGACUGGACCGACGGGGUCUUCUCAACCCUUUGGAGGAAGACUCUUAAAGCAAAGAAGGGGGAACACAUUUGGAUUGUGCUGGAUGGCCCUGUGGACGCCAUCUGGAUCGAGAACCUUAACUCGGUCCUAGAUGACAACAAAACACUGACCCUCGCAAACGGUGACCGCAUUCCCAUGGCGCCUAACUGCAAGGUGGUGUUUGAGCCCCAUAACAUUGACAACGCCUCCCCGGCCACAGUGUCCCGCAACGGCAUGGUGUUCAUGAGCUCCUCGGUGCUGGACUGGAAGCCCAUCCUCCAGGCGUGGCUCCAGAAGGUGCCACGGCAGCAGGCAGAGGUUCUCUUGGUCUGCUUCCAUAGUGUCUUCCAGGAUUUGAUCAACUUUGUCUUCACUGCUGUGGCACCCAAAAUGCCCAUCCUGGAGUGUAUGUACAUCAAGCAGACCAUUGACCUUCUGCAGGGUCUACUUCCUGCGGUGGAGGAGAAGCAGGCUCAGGGGGAUGUAUCACGGCUCUUUGUGUUUGCUGUCAUGUGGUCAGUGGGGGCUCUGCUGGAGCUGGAGGACAGAGCCAAGAUGGAGGCCUUCUUACAGGCCCACCCGGCCAAUCUGGACCUGCCCCAGACCCAUGGAGAACAGACUAUCUUUGAGUUCGUGGUUAAUGAACGUGGCCAAUGGGAGCACUGGUCAAAGAAGGUGCCUGAGUACAAGUAUCCCACAGACUCUGUCCCUGACUACUCGUCCAUCCUGGUGCCCAACGUGGACAACGUGAGGACAGACUUCCUGAUGCAGACCAUUAUCAAACAGGGCAAAGCUGUGUUGCUCAUAGGGGAACAGGGCACUGCCAAGACUGUCAUGAUCAAGGGCUAUACCAAUAAGUCUGAUCCUGAAACUCAGCUGAGCAAGAGCUUGAACUUCUCCUCGGCUACCCUGCCUAGUAUGUUCCAGAGGACCAUAGAGAGCUACAUUGACAAGAGGAUGGGCUCCACGUAUGGGCCGCCAGCAGGAAAGAAGAUGACUGUCUUUGUCGAUGACAUCAACAUGCCCGUCAUCAAUGAGUGGGGUGACCAGAUAACCAAUGAGAUAGUGCGCCAGCUGAUGGAGCAGGGGGGCUUCUACAGUCUGGAAAGGCCCGGGGAGUACACGAGCGUGGUAGACAUCCAGCUGGUGGCAGCCAUGAUCCACCCGGGAGGCGGCCGCAACGACAUUCCCCAACGUCUCAAGAGGCAGUUCAGCAUCUUCAAUUGUACACUGCCCUCCAACUCCUCCAUCGACAAGAUCUUCCGCACUGUGGCGCAGGGCUACUUCUGCCCUGAGAGGGGCUUCCCGGAAGAGGUUUGCACCCUAGCCGGUGCCAUGGUUCCCACAACAAGAAGAGUGUGGCAAGCUGUCAAAGCCAAGAUGUUACCUUCCCCAGCCAAGUUCCAUUACAUCUUCAACCUGCGGGAUCUCAGUCGGAUCUGGCAAGGUAUUCUCACAGUUAGGGCCGAGGUGUGCCAGGCCCCUGAUGUGCUGGCAUCUCUCUUCCACCACGAAUGCACCCGGGUCAUCGCUGACCGUUUUGUAGACCACAAGGACAGACAGAGCUUUGAGAGCAUGCUGGAGAAGGUCACUGUGGAGGAGCAUGGAGCAGACAUGAUCAUGCACCCUAAGUGGGAGUCCUACUUUGUGGACUUCCUGAGGGACGCCCCUGAGACUACAGGGGAUGAACCAGAGAACAUCGAGCUUGAGGCCCCUAAGAUCUAUGAGCCAAUCUCAUCUUUCCAGGCCCUGUCAGAACGACUGGCCACAUUUCAGUUACAGUACAACGAGGCAGUCAGAGGCAACGCCAUGGAUCUGGUCUUUUUCACGGACGCCAUGAUACACCUGAUGAAAAUCAGCAGGAUUCUCCGGACCCCUCAGGGGAAUGCCCUACUGGUGGGGGUGGGGGGCUCUGGAAAGCAGAGCCUUACCCGCUUGGCCUCCUUCAUUGCUUGCUACCAGAGCUUUCAGAUCACCCUGACCAGAACAUACAACACCAGUAACCUUAUGGAGGACCUAAAGUCUCUGUACCGCAUUGCCGGGCAGCAGGGCAAAGGUGUAACCUUCAUCUUCACCGACAACGACAUUAAGGAGGAGUCUUUCCUGGAGUACAUGAACAACGUGCUGGCCUCCGGUGAGGUCUCAAACCUGUUUGCCCGUGAUGAAGUAGAUGAAAUCACCCAGGAUCUCAUCCCUGCAAUGAAACGAGAGCACCCCCGCAGGCCUCCCACCGCCGAGAGCCUCUACGACUACUUCCUGUCAAGAGUGAGGAGCAACCUGCAUGUGGUGUUGUGCUUCUCUCCGGUGGGAGAGAAGUUCCGCACGCGAGCCCUGAAGUUCCCAGGCCUGAUAUCAGGUUGUACCAUUGACUGGUUCCAGCGUUGGCCUCGGGACGCGCUAGUGGCAGUUGCGCAUCACUUCCUUUCCCAGCAUGCCUUCCAGUGCUCAGACGAGGUCAAGCAGAGUGUGGUCCAGUCCAUGGGGACCUUUCAGGACCUGGUGGCUGAGAAGUGCACAGAGUACUUUGAACGCUUUCGCCGCCAGACCUACGUCACGCCCAAGUCCUACCUGUCCUUCAUCGACGGAUACAAGAUCAUCUACUCAGAGAAGAUUGCUCAUGUUGGCAUGCUGGCUGAGCGCAUGAAAACAGGCUUGGCCAAGCUAAAGGAGGCAGAGCAGUCGGUGAGUCAGCUGUCCAAAGAGCUGGCUGUUAAGGAGCAGGAGCUGUUGGUGGCCUCCAAGAAGGCUGACGGUGUCCUGCAGGAGGUAACGGUCAAGGCCCAGGCGGCCGAAAAGGUCAAGACGCAGGUGCAGAAGGUGAAAGACAAGGCUCAGGCCAUCGUGAACGAGAUUGAAGCCGAUAAGAAAGUGGCCGAGAGGAAGUUGGAGGCGGCCAAGCCCGCUCUAGCAGCUGCUGAGGCUGCAUUACAGACCAUCAAGCCCGCGGACAUCGCCACGGUGAGGAAGCUGGGCAAACCUCCUCACCUGAUCAUGCGCAUCAUGGACGCGGUGCUGCUGCUCUUCCAGCGCCGCGUGGACCCGGUCACCCAGGACCCAGAGCGGCCGUGCCCCCGCCCAUCUUGGAGUGAGGCCCUGAAACUCAUGCAGCAGUCCGGCUUCCUCAGCAUGCUGCUCAACUUCAGCAAGGACUCCAUCACAGAGGAGGUGGUGGAGCUGUUGGCGCCGUAUUUAGACAUGGAAGACUACAACCUAGACUCAGCCAAGAGGAUCUGUGGCAACGUGGCUGGACUCUGCUCCUGGACGGAAGCUAUGAAGGACUUCUUUUCAAUUAACAAAGAAGUCCUACCUUUGAAGGCCAACCUCACCCUGCAGGAGGCCCGUCUUGGUGUGGCCCAGGGAGAGCUGUCCCGUGCCCAGGAGCAGCUGGAUGCUAAGCAGCGGGAGCUGGACGAGGUGCAGGCGCUCUAUGACGCCGCCAUGAGGGAGAAGCAGACCCUAAUGGACGACGCCACGGCGUGCAGGCGCAAGAUGGCCAACGCCACCGCGCUCAUCAAUGGACUUGGCGGGGAGAAGAUUCGCUGGACCGAGAGCAGCGCCCUGUUCCAGACUCAGAUCAGACACCUGGUCGGGGACGUGUUGCUGGCCACUGGCUUCCUUUCGUAUGCUGGCCCCUUUAACCAGGAGUACCGCAACCUGCUGCUGACACUGUGGAGGAAGGAGAUGAGCAGCCACCAGAUCCCCUACAGUGAUGACCUGAAUGUCAUCAGCAUGCUUGUGGACAACACCACAGUUGGGGAGUGGAGCCUGCAGGGCCUGCCCAACGACGACCUGUCCAUUCAGAAUGGCAUUAUCGUCACCAAGGCCUCACGCUACCCCCUUCUCAUUGACCCGCAAGGCCAGGGAAAGAUCUGGAUCAAGAACCGUGAGAAGGACAGGGAGCUUCAAGUGACCUCCCUGAACCACAAAUACUUCCGCUCCCACCUGGAGGACGGCAUGUCUCUGGGGCGCCCCCUACUGAUCGAGGAUGUAGGGGAGGACCUUGACCCUGCUCUGGACAACAUCCUGGAGAAGAACUUCAUCAAGUCUGGCUCCACAUAUAAAGUGAAGGUGGGGGAUAAAGAGGUGGAUGUGAUGAAGGGCUUUACCCUUUAUAUCACCACUAAACUGGCAAACCCAGCCUACACCCCUGAGAUCAGUGCUAAGACAGCUGUGGUGGACUUCACUGUCACCCUCAAAGGCCUGGAGGACCAGCUCCUUGGCCGCGUCAUUCAGAUAGAGAAACAGGAGCUGGAGUCGGAGCGCGUGAAGCUCAUGGAGGAAGUGACGUCCAAUAAGCGGAAGAUGCAGGAGCUGGAGGAUAACCUGCUGUACAGGCUGACCAGCACGCAGGGGUCUCUGGUGGAGGACGAGUCCCUCAUAGAGGUCUUGAGAGUAACCAAGGCCACUGCAGAGGAGGUCAGUGAGAAGUUAACAGUGGCAGCCGAGACCGAGAUGAAGAUCAACUUGGCCAGGGAGGAGUACCGCCCGGUGGCCACACGGGGCAGUAUCCUAUACUUUCUCAUCGUGGAGAUGAGUCUAGUCAACAUCAUGUACCAGACCUCCUUGCGCCAGUUCCUGGGCAUCUUUGAUUCGUCCAUGGAGAAAUCCACCAAGUCCCAGAUCACCUCCAAGAGGAUCCUCAGCAUCAUUGAUUUUCUUACCAACCAGGCAUUUCGAUAUACAGCCAGGGGCCUGUAUGAGAAUCACAAGUUCCUCUUCACCCUGCUCUUGGCCCUAAAGAUUGACUUACAGGCCAAGAACAUCUCACACAGCGACUUUCAGACUUUCAUCAAAGGCGGCGCAGCUCUGGACCUGAACUCUGUGGAGGCCAAGCCCAGACGCUGGAUCCUGGAUGUGACUUGGCUCAACCUGGUCCAGUUGUCCAGUGUGCACCCCUUCAGCCAGCUCCCGAAUCAGGUCGCCCACAAUGAUCGCCCCUGGAGGGCUUGGUUUGACCAGCCCGCCCCAGAGGAAGCCCCCGUGCCCGAUGGGUAUGACAACACGCUGGACACCUUCAGGAAGUUGCUGUUGAUCCGGAGCUGGUGCCCGGACCGUACCAUUGCACAGGCACGGCAUUACAUAGCUGAGUCGCUUGGACCCACAUACGCUGAAGGUGUCAUUCUGGACCUGGAGUCCAUGUGGUUAGAAAGCAACAAGAGGACUCCCAUGGUGUGCUUUCUGUCUAUGGGUUCAGAUCCCACAGAGAACAUAGAGCGCCUGGCAAAAGCAAAGGGCGUCCCAUGCAGACCCAUCUCCAUGGGACAGGGCCAAGAAGUGCACGCUCGCAGGUUACUGGCCAACUGUAUGUCUGAUGGGGGCUGGCUCCUACUCCAGAACUGCCACCUGGGCCUGGACUUCCUUGAUGAGCUCCUGGAGUCGGUCACCAACACAGAGAAUAUCCACGAUGGCUGUAGGGUUUGGCUGACCACCGAGGUCCAUCCCAAGUUCCCCAUUAACUUCCUGCAGUCUUCCAUCAAAUUCACCAAUGAGCCUCCUCAAGGCAUGAAAGCAGGGUUGAAAAGGACUUACAAUGGUGUGACUCAGGAUAUGCUAGAGAUCACUAACCUGCCACAGUGGAGACCCCUCUUAUAUGCAGUGGCCUUCCUCCACACCGUUGUUCAGGAGAGGCGUAAGUUUGGACCUCUGGGCUGGAACAUUCCUUACGAGUUCAACCAGGCAGACUUUACCUCCAGCAUGCAGUUUGUCCAGAACCACUUGGACGACUUGGACGUGAAGCGUGGGGUCAACUGGAGCUGCCUGCGCUACAUGCUGGGCGAGGUCCAAUAUGGCGGCCGCGUCACCGACGACCUGGACAAACACCUCCUUAACACGUUCACCCGGGUGUGGUUCAGCGAAGGCAUGUUCACAGACAAGUUCUGCUUCUACAGGGGUUACAGUAUACCCAAAGCAAAGACUGUGGCGGAGUACCUGCAGCACAUUGACACCCUGCCGCUGGUCGAUUCGCCUGAGGUAUUUGGUCUUCAUUCUAACGCUGACAUAACCUACCAGACAAACAUGGCCAAUGAGACCCUGAGCACCAUUAUCAACAUCCAACCCAAGGACAGCGGGGGAGGGGGAGGGGAGACCAGAGAGGCCACAGUGUUGAAGCUGGCCAAUGAGAUGCUGGACAAAUUGCCACCUGACUAUGUUCCACAUGAGGUCAAAGCUCAUCUUCAGAAAAUGGGCCUUUUCCAGCCCAUGAACAUCUUUCUGCGACAGGAACUUGACCGCAUGCAGCGAAUCAUUGGCUGUGUACGAAGCACUCUCACUGAUCUAAAACUGGCCAUUGAUGGGACUAUUAUCAUGUCGGAAGAUUUGAGGGAUGCCCUGGACAGCAUGUACGAUGCUCGCAUCCCAAAGCUCUGGCAGAAGAUCAGCUGGGACUCCGCCACUCUGGGCUUCUGGUUCACAGAACUGCUGGAGAGGAAUCAACAGUUCCAUACCUGGAUUUCCAGUGGACGACCCCACCAGUUCUGGCUGACAGGCUUCUUCAACCCACAGGGCUUUCUGACUGCCAUGAGACAAGAGACCACCAGGAUGAAUCUGGCCAAAGGAUGGGCCUUGGACACUGUGGUCCUCCACAACGAUGUCACCCGGAUGAUGCGAGAAGACAUUACAUCCCCACCGCCGGAGGACAUGGGCGGAGUCUACGUGUAUGGGCUCUUUCUGGACGGAGCCGGGUGGGACAGACGAAACUCCAAACUCACAGAAUCCCCUCCAAAGGUCCUCUUCACCCCACUCCCUGUGGUCCACAUCUAUGCCAUCAGCACACUGGCUGCUGAUGCCAAACGCCAGCUAGCGAUAAGCCUGUACCCCUGUCCUGUGUAUAAGAAACCUCGACGCACAGAUCUUACGUUCAUCCACACCCUGCUGCUGCGGGCAUCCCAGUCCCCGGAUCACUGGACCCUGAGGGGAGUGGCUCUGCUUUGUGACUGCAAAUAAAUGGAAAUCUAUGAUGUAGACAUUUUAGUGUGUGUGUGUGUGUGUGUGUGUGUGUGUGUGUGUGUGUGAGCGUGCUUGUGUUGCAUUUCAGUGUAAUAGUUUCAACCACAUAGUUAAUAUCAUAGUGAUAAUGACAUCUAUAUCUAAAGUGAUUUUUUGGAAUGACUUCUUUGUACUACAAACUCAAUUAUCUUUCAAUAAUACUUGCGUUUCAUACAUCCAUAUUAGAAUAUUAAUCAUUUUAUUAAAACAUAUUUCAAAAAUGACUGGAGGAUGGAAACAAUGCAGUGAUAAUAUACACAUUUCUGUUUUAAAGUAACUCAUCCUGACAUCCUGCUGUAAAGCCUGUUAAAGUGCAGUAGAAAAUAGUUUAUCCUUU